GAUCCAAUGAGAACCACGACAUACAUGAGGCGUCGACCAUCCUGUUUAUGGUGACCUCGGCGGUGCAUCAGUGGCUACACAUUCGGCUGUAUCGUCUGUCGAUUCCGGGUGCAAUGGUCCAGCUUCAAGCCCGUUCCUACGCCUGGAAAAUCAAGGCGUGCGCUGCAUUUGACCUGGGAGCCAUCACCAUGGUGAUUCUCUACAUCAAGCACAACACC